CGCAGAAUGCACACGAUGAAAAUCCUGAACGUCGUCGGCCAGAAUCGCAAUCACAGGCAACUUUAUAACCUCGCUGAGAGAAAAUUUGCCCGCUGCAGCAAAGUCUCAUCAUUAAUAAAACGAGCGAGUUGCAAAGCCGCGUCCGUUAGUGCAAAAUUCAUAUGUCUUGGAUGUAAAUUGUGAGCACAGCCCGCCGUCGCUCAAGCUCGCAUUCGCGUAAAUCCCAGUAGUGUACAUACACUCGACUACUUCAAGUGGAAAAUGAUGAAUUAACUCUAAUUGAUUGAUACCGUCAAUUGUUCAUUUGGUUUGACAAUUUGACUACUUGUUCGAGACUUCCACUGAAACUUUUAUCGUGAUUCUUGAAAAAUCAACGAAAUACGAGAAAAAAAGCUUAUUUUUCAUUUAUCGGUUGAAACCAUCUAUUAGAAUUUUCGGGAGCAUCGCGUAAUCAUCUUUCUGCUCAAGGUUAGCGGAUAAGUUAUUAAACUUGCAUACACAUAUACAUAUUUCAUUGGCGUGUGUGUUGUUUAAUAACAUCUUCGAUUAGGAUGGCAUCGGCCAAACCAUUUACAUCCGAAAUGGGUGCUAAUCUUGAGCAAUCUCAAUCGCCACAAGAGCAUCAAGAACCCACCGAGCAACGGCCAAAAGUGCAACUGCAAUUGCAUAAGCAACAGCCUAAAGUGCAACAACAACCCGCCCAACAACAGCAGAAGGGAAUGACACUUCCCGAAGCUGUUAUGUAUGGCAAUGCCAAGCAAGUUUGUCAAUUAAUAGCUCUCAACCAAGGUGUGAGCAUCGAUGAAAAGUGGACUGAUUAUGCCUUGCUAAACCUUGCUCUCAAAAAAAGACGCAGACAAAUCGCGAAAAUUCUCAUUACCGAGGGUUGUCGAGUUCACAAGCCAAACUUGAAAGCUGGUGUGGAUACACCGCUGCAUUAUGCUGUCAAAGAGGAUAUUGACAUGGUACAGAUGAUGCUGGAUAGAGGGGCUGAAAUCUCUCAGCAAAAUGAACAUGGAGAAACACCACUGAUGUUGGCAGCAAAAUUAAAUAAACCAGAGGUUGUCGAUUUGAUAUUGAACAAGUUUAGCUCAAAUUUGAAAAAUAUCAAAGCCAAGGACAAAUUUUCUCAUUUUUUUGUUGCUUGCAUCAAAAAUAAAACUGAUAUUAUAAAGCAUAUGAUGAAAGAAGGUAUUAAUAUCAAUGAACAAGUAGAUUUGAAUGCAGCGAUGUGGGCUGGGUAUACAGCUUUGCAUUUUGCUGUUUUAUUCAACAGUUUUGAAACUAUAAAACUUCUUCUUAGUCACAAAGCUGAUGUAACUGUAAAAAAUGCUGACCACAUGACAGCUUUGCAUUUGGCUUACAAAAAAAAUAAUGAAACAGCCAUUGGCUUACUUCUUGAUGUACACGAAAAGAAUUUUAAAAAUCCUGUAGAUGGGAAUGGAUUCUCACAUUUUCAUAUAGCCUGCUUGAGAAAUCAUUUAAAAGCUGUAAAAAAUUUUGUUGGACACAGCGUAGACAUAAAUCAUGCUGUUAAAAUCAACGCAAACCAAUAUGCUGGAUAUACUCCUCUACACUUUGCAAUUAAAGCUCUUAGUGUCAAUGGAAACAGCCAGAAGCCCUUGAUCGAAUAUUUGGUCAAGCAAAAAGCUGAUGUUAAUGCACGCGAUGCACAGAAUGAAACACCGUUGCAUUUGGCUUGCUUUCAGCCCGAACACAAGGUAAAUAAGUAUGCCCAGCACGUGGAUAACGCCUCGAGACCCGACACCGAGUCGAACACACCAAUUCAAUGCGAGAAGUUUUUUCGGAUAAUCGACCAAAUUGAGCUUCUGAGAAUUGUAGAUCUUCUCCUGAAUUGCGAUAGCGACGUUAACGCUUGUAAUUAUAAUGAUGAAACACCCGCAUUUUUUCUAUUCCGAACCAAUUACGGGUCUCGUGAUAUGACUAAAAAACGCGACAAGUAUGCCAAUGCUGUAUCAAAAAUGUUCAAUUCUCAACGCUACGAUGUUUUGAAGCUUUUGGUCGAACGCGGACUCGAUGUAAACCAUAAGGACGAUCGCGGUAUGACACUGUUGCAUCAUGUGAUGGAUCUUGACGAGCAUCAAUUAAUGAAAGAGGACAUGGUUAAGCUACUCAUCGAACACGGCGCCGACGUUAACGCCAAGAGUUUGUACGGACCGACUCCGUUACACUUGGCCGUGAACAACGGUCACGACAAUCUCAUCGAGCUUCUUGUCGACAGUGGAGCCGAUGUGAACGCUAUUGAAAAAGAUUACGGAUCUAGGACUCCUUUGCACAUGGCUACAGUGCACCGUCAAGAGAAAACCAUUCUCCAUCUGAUACGUGGUGGAGCUGAUCCGUCUCGAGUGACGUCCAACGGCAUGAGCGUGAUUCACUUAGUCGCUCUCGACGAUCACAUGCGACUCAAACAGCCUAAAUCAACUUCUGAAUCUCCGAUUGAUCCUCGACUUGCCUUGAAUGGAAUGCUAAGAGCCGUACUUAUGAAUGGUUGCGAUAUAGAUAUGCGAGACAAGAAUGGAAGAUCGGCUCUACUGCUCGCUGCCUGGGAGUUGAAUCACACUGCCGCAUCCAUUUUCAUGGAUUACUUUGCCGAUGCCAAUAUUCGAGAUAAUGCCGGUGAGACGUGUUGUUCGUUUCCUCUUUACGAAAGUGAGAGUAUCGCCUAUUAUUUUUACCGGUACAUCCAAAAGCUUAAGAUUGCCAACUUUCCUCUCAGCGAUCAAAUCAAUGACUUCUACAAUGCUAAUACCGGAUGUCAUCCCGAAUUGACUGAAGACUUGAUCCAACAACUACGCGAGGAACUCGAAAAAAUGAAAUCUGCGAAGAUUAACUUUUUCUGCAGCUUUUACGAUCUCAUGUUCAAGAAUUCAAUGUACGUCGAACAAGUGCUCGAUACGCCCCUUUUCAAAAGCUCUCUCGACUCAAUCGAUCAGAUUUAUCCUAAUUUUGGUAAACGUCUAAUAACGCAGUAUGGUAAAGGCUUAGCAAGGAGAAGAGAAAUGAGAAAGGCCGAAACCGUUCUUGCGGGCUUAUUUAACAAUCGAGUAUCAACUCACGUAGUGGAAAAAAUUUUAAAGUACCUCGACGAUGAAACGUUGGCGAAUAUCAUAAAAUCCAACGAUCCUAAAUUUGAAUACAAUCAUCCACGUCAAGCGGUGCAAGAAUUUAUUACAACUCCAAUGAGCCGUAACCAGGAUGAAUUCAUUACGGAUUCAUCAACUUAUUUGGAUAAUAAAUGCGAAUCGAGAGAACAAGCCAUUGCCUAUUGCAAUGCUCUUAUGCAAAGAAAGCAACUAUUAGUAAAAUGACUGAAAGAAUUUGAUUCUUUAGUAUGUUUACAGAACCAAUAUGAUUCUUAUAACUAAAAAAUGUUUCAUUGAUUGUUCAUUGUAUGUAGCGUUAAAUUUAAUCGAUGUUAACCUUUGUUGACCGAAUCACAAUCAUAGACCUCUGCUUUGGUGUAGACAAGGUUUUUUUUAAUAUUAUAAUGUAAUCAAUUUGUUCAAAUAAUUACACUUUUUGUAAGAAAUUCAUAAUUGAAUGUAAUCAAACGAUAUACGCUACCUUUAAUGCCGAUAAAUCCUAAAAGAAAAUUUUCCCUCUCAAAGACAAGAUUCAAUAAAGUGUACUGCAAGUAAA